UGCAUCUCGGUAUUUCGUAGUGAACUCGCCACCGGGUAGGAUCACCUGCACACCGAGGACGCUGCGCGACAAACCGGUGCCAAUAAAUCAGUCCCAAAUCACUGAUUCGUGAUACGUGCGAGGAGAAGCUUCCUGUUCCGAUAAAAGACUUCGUUGCCAAUUUUUUAAAAUGGCACCGAACCUGUUCGGUACGUCAGCGACAUUGUUUUUGGAAGCUUCGCAGCAGAAUGUUCUUAAGGAGAAGUCAGCAACAGAGAAUGCAAGCACGCAGAAAUUGAUCGUCCAGAAGUCGACGAACUCUGCACCAAAAUAUAAAUGGAAAAUCGUUUGGAGAAACGCGAUUGCUUUUCUUUACCUGCACAUUGGAGCUCUCUACGGAUUAUACCUUCUGUUCAAUGGAACAAAGCUUUACACGGCUAUCUGGACGUUCUUAUUGGGGUUAUCGGCGGCAGUAGGCAUCACAGCUGGCGCUCAUAGAUUAUGGGCUCAUAGAUCCUACAAAGCAAAGUGGCCUAUGCGAUUACUCCUGAUGAUCUGCCAAACCGUUGCUUUCCAAAAUCACAUCUUCGAGUGGGUCAGAGACCACCGAGUACAUCACAAAUAUACAGACACGGACGCGGAUCCGCACAACGCGAAAAGAGGAUUCUUCUUCUCGCACAUGGGCUGGCUGUUGGUUCGCAAACAUCCCGAUGUGAUAAAGAAAGGUGCCACCAUUGACAUGAGCGAUCUAGAACAGGAUCCCAUCGUCGUCUGGCAGAGACGAUUGUAUAUCAUCCUCAUGCCGCUCUGCACGUUCAUAAUUCCUAUGUGGAUACCGUGUCAUUUUUGGGACGAGAAACCAUUGAAUUCCUGGUACAGCACCGUGUUCAGAUACACGCUUUCCUUGAACAUGACGUGGCUGGUGAACUCGGCAGCUCAUAUCUGGGGCAUGAAACCCUAUGACAGUUCAAUCGGGCCAACGGAAAAUCUCAGCGUCGCGGUACUCGCGGUAGGCGAGGGCUGGCAUAAUUACCACCAUGUAUUCCCGUGGGACUACAAAGCGGCCGAAUUGGGAAACUACAAGACCAACAUCACCACUGCGUUCAUCGACUUCUGCGGCCGAAUAGGCUUGGCUUACGACAUGAAGACCGUCCCGGUGGAGAUGGUCAAGAAACGUGCGGCUCGAACCGGCGACGGAACGAGAUUUGAACAGGAACAAGCUAACCACCAUAGUCACGAGGACGCAAAGUGGGGCUGGGGUGACAAGGACAUGAAUAUCGAGGAGAUUCAGGGGGUAGAAAUCCUCAACAAGAGCGACUAAUUAAUCGUUUCUCGACUGUUUCACGAGAAUGUUCGACUGAGCUCGCACGAGAAAUCGCGUAUCGGAAAAAAAUGCGAUCAAUAGUUCACAACGUCAAUUAAUAUUUGUUACGCGUAUAUAUGUAUAUAUAAUAACGUAUACACAUUAUCAACGAUCAGUCGUUGUCGUUCCUCUGCGAAUGGUCGGCUAUUUAAAGAUACGAGUAAAUUAUUAAGAACCGUGAUAUAAAUCUCGAUAAACGUCGGUAAAAAGAAAAGUGAAAAAAAAAAAAAAAAGAAGACGAGAAGAUCGAACUCGUACGUUGGAUGCUCGAUCGUAAUCGCGACAAUGUCGGCUCCCUUCACUCGCGGAAUCAAAAAUUAAUUCGUGGCCUUUCGAGUUAUCGUUAAUUUGUGAAUCUUCGUAGGUGUUUUAUUUCGCGAUUUGUCGCGUGCAUAGUAAUUAAACGAUUAACCUAAUUACUGAGAAUAUCGAGACGAUCGUCAUAGACUUCGAGCGACGUAGAGUUAUUGUAACCAAAGCACAAAAACCGUAAUAUCUAUUGAUCGUCUGGUUCGCGGAUAAUGAAAAGAAAGGCACUUGAAACGCUGGCAAAGAUUCAGUGUAAUCGAUCGUACGAACAAAAGAAAAGACUCGAGCUCGACGUUCGUUCGUUCGUCUUCCGCAAUAUGUGUAUCGAGAAAUCGAGCUCGAGUCGUUCGCGAGUCAAUUAAAUUUGCAAUUAUAUCGUAGGGAUCGACGAACACGAGCGACCCGAUCCAACGUGUUGCGCAGACGACAAUCGUUCCUCGAUGAAACGGUAUGCAACAACAAAGUGCGACAAUCCAGCAUCGACGAAUUGCCUUAACACGCCCUCUUCGUCCUGUCGCGCAAAUCCAUGUGCGUCCAUUUGCGUAUCGCUUGAAUUGUUUAGGAAACUGGCACGCUAAAAUUGUUCAAACUCGCGUCUUCGAUCGGUGACACUGAUUUCGCGUUAAGUGUGUACCGAGGAUAUUAUUUAUUUAUCGUUUAAUUUGCACGAAAAUUUCUUUAACGGAUGUAGAUACGGGCGAGGUAUACGAAAACACACAAACGUUUUUUCUUUUGCGCACAAAAUUACAUUCGAUUUAUAUUCUGAAUUACAGGCGUAAUGUACGCGUUCCUAGAAUGUCGAAUCUUCCUACGUGUCGAUGAUGGAUUCUUACGACAAAAGGACUUAUCCCGUAGCGAUGAAGAAAUAGUUCCAGCACCUCUGACACGUAUUAUUUAAUCACGGAUUUAAACGCGUCCCUGGGAGCAUUCCUCGUAAACAUUCGUCUGACUUGUGAUCCUAGAAUUCAUUUUCAACGCUUGUUGAGAAACUAUUGUCCAAUUGUAGACUAUAUCUACAGAUAUGGGUGGUUUGCUAACUCAGGUACAAACUCUACUUCGUCACUCAUAUAUCUCUACAUCAGAAGUUGCAAUGGUUGUAAUAUUAGACGUAAAGUGUGACUAAACUUUUAUGGACGAAUGUUUAUGAAACCUGUGGGCGGGUACACGAGACAUUGUUCGACUUGUAUAGUUCGUAUAUAAAGUAAAAAUUGAAAAAAAAAAUAUAUGAAAACGUAGUUUGUAGGGGGUAUUCCACGUGGUUAGAUGAGAACGAAGAAACAUCGUUUUCGUUGUGUGCAUACGUUUUAUUAUGGACAAUAUCGACAUUUUCAAUGUAUUUAUAAAUAAAUUAUUAUUAUCUGUAGA